UAAGUUGACGAUUCUUUGUUGGUGAUGGAAUACUUUAGGUGGAUAAUGCACAGGUGCUUGUAAAUGAAACUACGAAUAUAAUGAGACUGUUCAAUACCUUUGUUUGUUACUCUAUGAGUCACCACUUAAAGUUAAAAGCAAACUACACAAAUGGACGGGUAGUGUCCAGUUAACCGUAUAAUAAUGUUGAUAGAAAUUCAGGAAGUGAAAAUAUCAUAUACUAAGGAUAUUUAAAGACACUGCACUGUUAAUCUGUACAAAGCCAUAGAGCUAAAAUGAAGGAAAGCAGGUUCAGCCAUGGAUUUAUUUAUUUAGUUAUUAUUUUUGGUCAUACAGUUUGUAAACCGGCGUUUUUCCCCGAUAUCCCAUACUUAUUCUGGACAGUAAAGACAAAUAUGCUAUUUUACCAGAACAAUACAGAGCAAUGGGUCUUCAACAAUACAAACCCAUAUAUAUUCAGCUUUUCUUAUGGGGAUACGAGACAUAAACAUCUAGGAUGUUCCUAUGAUUUUGAAAGAGGAUUUCUCAUCUUCAGUGACAAUAGUGCCAAUACAAUUACACUAUUUGGAGAGAGAAGUAAUGGUGCAGCUCAAGGGACUUUUGUCCACGUCGGCACUUCCUCUGGUGUUGGUCAUGUAGCCGUGGACUGGGUCAGCUCCAAUGUCUACUGGUCAGAUAGCUUAUUUGGCUGGAUAGGACUUCAAGCUCUUCCUAGAAACAUAGAAACAAUAUCAUUUAAUAGUAAAUUCAGGGUUGUGGUGGACAAGUUCUUGGACGUUCCUUCUGGUCUUGCUGUGCAUGCUAGUAGAAGAUUACUAUUCUGGACAGACAUUGGGACACAACCAAAAAUAGAACGAUCCUCAACUGAUGGUUCAAACAGGAAAAUCCUCAUUUGGUCUGGCAUCAUCAAACCUGUGUCUGUAACUGUGGAUAUACACAACAACCUGCUAUACUUCACCGACUCAGCACGGGAAACUGUAGAGUCUUGUGAUCUAGAAGGAAACUCGAGACGCAUUCUUUUUUACGAGACCAAUUCUGACUUCUAUGGCGUAGAAAUUUUUAAGAGUUUAGUUUUCGUCUCAGACCAGUCUACAAAUCGCAUUUUGGUCCUUUCUAACACGACUGGACACAAAGUAGCACGUCCGGUGACAAUGGAGUCCACUCCAUAUUCAUUAGGUUUGUUUUCUGAAGCCAAUCAGCCACAGAGUUCAACAGCAUGUGACACUUUCGGCUGUAACCAGAUCUGUAUCACGGAAUUGUCUGGGGCUAAAUGUCUUUGUGAGGAUGGGUUCUCUUUAUCAGCGGACAAUAAAACGUGUACAGAAACCGACAAACUAUUGAAGAGGAGUAUUUUGGUGGCAGCCGGACCUAAAAUUUGUCAUAUCACGAUCACCACCAUCAAUUCUUUUAAAUUUCUCAAUUCGCCAGUAAAUUGUGAUAUCAUAGCCUCCACACCUGCUGAUGUUUCAUACUUUGCUGUUUCAAUACAAGCCAAUGAAAUAUUUCUUGCAAAAGAGAAUACCAUUUACAGACAAGAACUAUUUGAAACUUUUUCCUCAAAUUUUUCAACUCAAAACCGAAUCUUAGGCUUAGAUUACGACUGGGUUACUAAUACGUUAUACUGGAGUGAGGAUAAAGUCAGCAAGAUUUAUGCAUGGAAUGUAUCAAGUGAAAGAAUCAGUAACACGAUAGAGAUAUCAACACCAAAUAUGGGAAUUCCUAAAGCAUUAAAAGUUGAUCCGUUUAAAAGGAGGAUAUUUUAUAUUGAUGUGUCAUCACAAAAGUCAAUCAAGGUUCUAAAUUUAGAAGAUAGAAGCAUUCAAGUAUUAGAAAGCAUUGGUGUCGUAUCUCCGGAUCAUUUGAUUUACAAUCGCCGAAAGGACAUGGUAUUUUGGAGUGACAGUGGAAAACCUUCACUGGGGUCUCUUAAUUCAAAUGGAAGCAACACAAACUUUAAACAGCUUCCUCAAGGAAUAACCUACUCAGGAAUCGCAGUGUACAAGGAUUACCUGCUAUGGUUGACCAUGAAUCAGACAAAGCAUUACCUGAACGUUCAAGAAAGCACAAUCUUAAGCUCGACCAUUGAUAUCAUAAUGCCAUUAGAAUCACUAGGUGUUACUACAAUAGGUGAUAUGCGUGUGUUUGAUAAAGCUUUACAGCCAUCUGUGAAAGAACCUUGUAUUGUGGACAACGAUGGUUGCCAACACCUAUGUAUUGUAGAGGGAGACAUUAGUCUGUGUGCUUGUCGUGUGGGAUAUGCUCUUCAGUCUGACGGAAAGUCCUGUUUCUCUGCUCCAGUUGAAAAUGAUUUCUUGUUGACCACUGAUAUUCAACUGAACACGAUCUACCAAAUAGAUCAUAAUAAUCAGGAUAUACAUACGAUAGACAUUUUGCCUGGGAAUCCUGAUAUUCAGGACUAUGACGGCAUUAGAGGAGAAAUCGUCUGGUGGGAUAAAUCGAAAAAUACUAUACGGAAAAGUUCUUUUGAUGGAACCAAUGAAAAAGCUGUAAAAGGUGGUGUGAUGGAUGUUCGAGGAUUGAAUGUUGAUGACUCGACUGGGAAUAUAUUUUACACUUCGAGUGAAAAUAUAUUCGUAACUUCCGGUUCUGGAAAUGUCUUCCGCAAGCUUUUUAGUGGGGGAAAUAUAGGAUCCUUGCAAGUAGACUCUAAACGAGGAAUUAUGGUAUGGAUUGAAGGUCGACCAAACCCCCGAAUUGUCAGAUCUUAUAUGGAUGGGACAAAUGUGGAAACAGUUAUAUCGAACUCGUCCCAUUCAAUUAGUACUCCUAUGGAUUUAGCUAUAGAUAACAUAGAUGGAAGUGUUGUAUGGUGUGACGAUACUCUGGAUAAAAUUGAAAUUGUCAACAUGGAAACACUUACUCCACGAAUAGUCGUAAAUAACAGAGGAGAAUUCCCUGUGUCUGUGACGGUUCUGGGAGAAUUUAUCUACUAUGUUGCAAGAGAUAGGAGAUCUAUUACGAAGAUUUCCAAAAUAUCGGGGUCUAAUCCGUCUGUUGUUGUUUCGUCUCCUCUGUUCGGGAAACUCCAGUAUUUAACAAUUUACAAAGGAAGUGACGAAAUAUUACAUAACCUUUGUUCAAGUCAAAAUGGUAUGUGUAGCAAGUUUUGUUUGCCAAGAGGAGAAAAUAAUAGGAUAUGUGCAUGUGAAGAUGGAGUCCAGAUAGACUCGAAUAGCCUGUGCCCAGGUGAUGUACAAUGCCCUUCUACAAUUAACCGAGGAAGAAUUCCAUCAACAUGUAGACGAUUUGCUGGGGAUCUGUGUGGAUUUACCUGUGAUGAGGGUUAUCAAACAAGUUUGCCAGACAACACUCGGAUUCUGUGUGGGUCUACAGGACAGUGGAACCAGACAAACAAUUUAUGUACAGUUAAAAAAUGUAAAAGCUCUUUUGAACAUGGAAUCAUAACGCCAGGUUGCAAUCUAGAGGCUGGAUCAACCUGUGGAUACACGUGUCGCAAUGGGUAUACAAAGUCUGGGUCGGCAUCUCUAAUAUGCAACAAAAAUGGUGUAUGGAACGAAGAUCUCAGACAAGUAUGCAAAACUGUGGAGGAGAAAAACAUUGGGGCAGUGGUGGGAGGAGGGGCCGCCGGGACAGCUGUGGUGGUGAUUCUUAUUAUUAUCAUCGUAGUUGUAGUGAAAAGAAGAAACAACGGGAAAGAUUCGGAGAAGCAACAGUUUAAUACUGGACAAGCCUAUAUCACCCCAAGUGAGAUAAGUGCCAUUGCCUUAUCAGGAUCUCAGCUCAGUACGUACACUACUCUUUCAGAAGACAGGGAAAGUGUCUACGACGAAAUUCCACACGAUCAUGAGGAUCAUUCAAAAAACUUUGACCAACCCAAAUCAGUGGUGAUACCAUCAGUAGCAUUCUCAAACCAAGAAAACAAAGAUUUAUCCUUUGUUGACAGGGGAUCGUCAAUCAGAUCAGAAAGGUACUCACGAUUCCCGAGACAAAGAGAUGAAGACGAACAAGGUUACCUUAGAGCUGAUCAAUGUGUCGUGAGGUAUCACAAACAAGAUCCAGAGCCCGAUUAUGACCAUGAUGCCUUAACAACCAAACACUGGCCGUGAAAUACAGAGAGGCUAGCAUAACAAUCCAUGAGAAAGGCAGAAACGUGCUAUUUCAGAUAUUGCUUUCAGUACCAAAUUUGAGAAAUUCACGAUUCCUUCAUCCAUGGUUCAGGCCCUAUACUGAGUCUUUGUUUGUCAUAUUUUGAAUAUACACAAUAUCCUUGAAAAUAUUAUCUACUUAUGGACAAUAAACAGACUCAUGAUUUAAAUAAACACAGCCAUCUACCAAAAUUGUGACGUUCGUAUCCUUGGGCGCAUGGUUCAGUCUCCUGCGUGGGGCUAUGUUGGUCAUCUAUUGAGAAUACAGUGCGCCUUUGGAAAUCUUAUUCAGUUAAGGACGUCCUGAAGGCAAAUAUUUGAUGAAUGCAAUUUGAAAUCAAACCUUUGCCAAAAUUAUAACCUUCAUAGAUCAGGGUCCAGCAUUCAAGCAUAUCAGAGUGAGAUUUAUUUAGUUAUAUACAUGAUAUAUGGAGAAAAAAACAUUUUCGAAAACCUUUAAUUUUCAUUUUUGGUAAAAUAUGUUCUGGGCAAACUGCGUGAUAAGAAUAUAACAAGUACUCAACGUUUUACCAAAAUUGUAAAAUUUAUGGUACCUAGAUCCAUAGUUCAGGAUGGGUCUUAGUUGGACAUAUGCCCUGUUCACAGAUUUGUAUUGUUUGUAGAUUUUUGUUUUAAUUGUUUACUGUUCAUUAUCUACACCUUAUUCAUUUAAAAUAUAUUUCAUCU